UGAAUAGAAGAAAGUAUUGGCUUACAACAUGCGUGGAUAGAGCUGGGGAUCGACAUUUUUGGCGAGCAGCUCGCUGAGCUUGAUUGCGUUCAGCAUGCUUGGAGCAAGACUUUAGAUUCGUCAGGACAGUCCAGAUAUCGUAUGCGCCCAUAAAAGGCGAGAGGAGGUUUGUGCGACAGCAAAUUUGUACAAUAGCCAGGAAAGCGAGUAGACGAAAAGGAAUAUGCGAAACGAUAUCAAUGAGCCCUGGUGGAGAGAUGCCUACCUCUACUUGGUAUAGGAAUUUCCCCUUUGAUGUUGAAGUCUGUGCGCAGGCUUCGGUCCCCGCCACGUUGGCAAGCUCGAGGGUGGCGGGUACCUGCCGUAGUGAGAGAAGAGAGUCAAGAGGAGUGCAGCAUAGCAGGAGCAAGAGCGAGUGCUGGACAGCAGAAAAGAGCGUGUAUUGAGACGUGCGGCAUGAUGUUGCGUUUUGGGGCGAAGAGGGCUAGCCGUCAGCUACGGAGCCAAAGCCGAUGCUUAUCGGAGCAGGGAUUGUUGCAAGCUCGGGCCGCGUCACGUGAACCGGCGUUUCGCCGGCGUUUGGCACCUUGCUGGCGGCCUCGCCCUGAGGUUUCUUCGCUGCCUCACAGAAAUGAAUUUCGUAGCCGUUCCAUUCCGACUCCUUUGAGAUGGCGCAUUCAUGUGGGGAACACGCUAUGGUACAACCCAAUGCUAGGGCCGGUGCAGCUGUCUGCCGGCAGGCUCGUUAUCCGACGAACGAGGGGCAGCGGCGGUAACGUCAUCUAUCUCGAAUCCCAACGUGAUAUCUCUCCCCUCUCUCUUCGCCAAUUGCUUCACAGCAUCCCCCCCUAAGUCCAUGAUCCUUUUGCGGCCAGCCCUACUUAGCACAACAAGGUUUUCAGUCCCAGUCGCAGCUCGUGCAACCACAUACAAUAGGCCUCGGACUCUUUCGAGAACAUUCGCAAGCAUGACAACCGACCCAACCAAGUACAAGCUCAACCACUCAAUACCCCAAGCGAUCGGUCGAGUUCUACGAAUUCAUAGGCCUGAGGCUUAUCAACAAGCUUGAGAACCCCGAUGCUAAGUUCGACCUCUA